ACGCGUCUCGGUUAUACUUGACCGCUUGCUUGCUUUUUUUCCCUCGCUUUUCAAUCGUUCUUUUUUUUUCAACUUUUUACUUUUUUUUUCUUUUUCCAGCAUACGCACACACACGCCUUCAUUUCGUCAACUACUUUAUCUAUAACUUGCAUUCCGUACCACUGACCUUUUGUCUUUGCAGACCGCUCCAUUCCUUGCCCAGCAUAUACGAAAAAAGCACACAAUGUACAGUCCAGCUGCCAAUCGUCUUCGGGAUGCCACUGCUGCGGUGAGAACACGCUCGCCACUGGGAACGCCUCCACUAUCUGCUUUUGAACCGACAGCGAGCAACUUGGCAUCUUCACCGCACAGCGACGCAAUACAGAGACCGGGUUCAUCUUCAAUAACUACAGCAGCAACAGGCGGUGCUACAUCUUCCUCGGAUCAAUUAAACAAUAUCUUUAAUGCAGUGCGACAGCAGAUACAAAAAUGGGGCGAGAAUGCCAAGUGGAAGAUUGAUCUUGUACUGCUGGAUAACAGCCAAAGCCGUCAAGAUUCACCGUCGCUACGAGCCCAACAACAACAACAACAGCCAUCAUCACCAUCAGCUUCAUCGACAUCACAGAACUUACGGGUAACGACGGCCGUAGGUCACCAGGGAUACAUGUUGCCCGUAUCCAAUUCAACCCAGUAUCCGAUGGACUAUACUGCUCCAGCAACCAUACCAAACGACAUGUAUGCAGAAGAUCUUCGACAACAGUUAAACGAUUCACUUGAACGCCAACGCUAUCUUGAGAGCAUCGUACGAUCACAAGCUGAGCAAAUACAUUAUUCGCAAGCGUAUCCACCAGACGCGAAUAAGGCCAUUGAAACCAUGCGAAGCAUAUACAUGAUGUCGGAAAACGAACAAAAGCUACGGUAUCUCGUUGACACCAAAGUCUUACACAAAGACAUGGAGGCGUUGUCAAGGAAACUCAAGCGAGUGACAUCGACAUUGAACAGCAUAGAGACCAUGGAGCUGCCUCCAAAGGAUUCUCAGCUUACGAUGGAAACGUUGUUGGAUGAGCGAAAACUUUUGAAACGAAAGCUUCAUCUAGCCGAAUUACGAAUCACUGCACGCGACGCUGAAAUCGAUUAUCUACAACAGCUUGUUAAAACAAGCAACGAACAACAGCCACCAGCACAGCCAUCAGCGCCUUCGUUCUAUCCGCAUUAUGAGGCUAGUCCGCUAAUACGUUCACCCAAACCCCCGCAUCAGCAAGCGUUUGGCUCAUCACCGAAACGCGGACCCCCUUACUUAUUCCAGCAACAGUAUUCGCCAAAAAUGCGACAUGAUAUACGGCCUCCUCCAAUGUCACAACAGCAACAGCAACUACCAGAACAAAAAGAAACAAGUAGUCCUCAACAGCAGCAACAACAACAGCAGCAACAGCAGCAACAGCAGCAGCACAUGUCUGCAUUGGAGAGCCUUGGCAUUGUUGCUGACCGUAUGCUAAGCGACCCUGGCUUUACAGGACAAGAUAAGGCACAACAAAAAGAGACCGUCGAUGCAAAGAGCAGCAAAGACAACAGCCCAAAAUAUGACAUCAAUCGGUCGAAGCGGUCCAUCGACUCGGCUAACGCUCUACUGUCCAUGCCAACAACGCUCAUGUUUCCAACGCAGAAUCCCGAAAGCAAUGCUGACACUAGCACAGGGAGUAGUAGCAAAAACAAGGAGCCACCUGGCACAGACGUUACCAUGACAGAAGCUAGCGCACAAAAUCUGGAGCAGGAGCAGCGUCUUAAAAAAGCACGCGUUGAACGCUCCUCUAAUAACAACACAAGUGGUAGAAACGAUGAAGAGCAACAACAACCCAACGCGAGUCAAUCGCCUUCCAUAGCAGCCUUAUUGGACCAACCAUCACCAACAGCAAACACUUCUGCUGGUGGCAAGAAUGCUUCUUCCUCAAAACAUACAGCGAAUAAUCAUCAAAGACGGACAGCAACAGCACCACAGCAAUUUUCACCUCAUGCCACACCUCCUCUUGCGCCUGCAUAUGAAUCCGACCCUCGAAGCCAACCUCAUCAUCAUCAUCAUCAUCAUCAUAAUCAUCAACCCGUCGUUCCCGAAGAGCGCCUACCGCCUCCUGCACCUGGCUAUCGACCGCCUUCGCCCGCAUCCACGCCCAAAGGACGACGCCAUUCUGCACAACAAAUCAAUCGCACGAGCAAUGCAAGUCAUAACGUAUAAUUCAUCAUAAUAAACAUUUCACAUUAAGCGCAGCAUCCAGAUACAUAUUUACUUGUGUGACAGCCAAAAUUUUAGCUCAUUCUAACUCUCUCGCGCGCGCGGUACGCUUUGUUACACCUUCUUUUAAAGAUCUCUCUUCUCUUCCACUUCAUUUUAUUUUUUUUUCUCUCUCUUUUUUUUUACACUACUACUACUACUACUACUACAACUACACUUUUGUUCAAUAGCAAUAAAAAAAAGCAUUCAAU